AUGCGUCUAUUUAAUCUUAGUUCUCGAUUAAAUAAGGUGCGCAUAGGAAUUGACCAAGCAUUCACUUUCCCGGAACGUUUUAAAGGCACCAUUGUAGAAAAAUGGGCCAACUAUUGGAAAGGAUUAUUCAGUGAUUAUACCGAGGUUGCAGUAGGAAUUUUUAGAGAAGCUAAAGAUAAUCCGAAGAAAAGCUUGUUGUAUGCAUUAACCAGUUAUGGUUUGUACGCUUGCGCUAGGAAAAAUCCAGACGAAGAGGCCUUCUUAAGGCAAUUUCGUACAUCUUACAACGAAAUGAUUUUAGUCUCAUCUGAAUUACAAAAUCCCGCAUCGGAAGAUUACAUAAGACGACUGCAAGUGGAUUUAAAUCAAAAUCGUUUAAGAUUUUUAUCACUGUGGCUUUUUACAAUAGUGUGGGAAGACCUAUAUGAUAAAGAUGACUGCACGUAUCCGGCCAUCUGCGAAUAUACUAAGGUUACUUAUUGGAGCUUUCAUGAACAAAUUAUUGAUAUCGGGUUUUGGAAUAAAUUUUGGCGUCUAAAUUGGAAAUUAAUAAAUUAUGAUGUCAAUUAUCUGUAA